AUGAUGAGGAGGCCCCAGGAAGCUCCUGCUCCUGCACCACCCACCACCUCACCACCAGUCGCUGUCACCACCACCAUCAAAACUCAUCUACGGCACAUAUUCUCCUGGUCACCCCAUCAUGCAACGCUGCCCGUUGUCGAUGUUCCAUUCACGAAGGCUAAAGAGCAUAAUGCUGCUGCAGGUGCUCCUGGCCCAGACCCGGACAUCGUACCUGAUGAAUAUCUCGAUACUACCGAACCGGACCCUGAUAUGCAACAGCAACAGCAACCACACCAACAAGCAGUAGCAGUACAUACAGACCCUGGGGAACAUGGAGGCAGAAAGUCCUGUGUCUGCUGCUAG